UAGAAUUCUACUCAUCAUGUUCUUGUUCAGCAUCCCCUCCAUGCGUGCCAUGGCAGCAGCAAGCUUCCUCUUCCUAGUCACCCUAGCCACAGUCUCCUCUUCCAUCGACAGCAAGAGCAAAAUAUCCAACGGAAGUUGCAUACCAGCUGAGAGGGCCGCUCUGCUCUCCUUUCAAGGCUGGCAUCACGAGCGACCCGGAUAAUCGCAUUGCUUCGUGGCGGCAAGGACAUGACUGUUGCCGGUGGAGUGGCGUCACCUGCAGCAGCCUCACAGAUCUUCCUUGAGGCAUGACAUGGUACAGCAUCCCCGCUAAGGAAGGAAAUAAUUAUAGAUAACCUUUGAAGAGUUCAGGUAUAUAUCCUCGUAAACUUUCUUGCCAGAGGAGUGAAAAACUAUCUGACCGUGUUCUUUAGACGUAAUUCGUCCUAGGUCGAAAAAUGGAGAUUUGAGCGUCUAUUUCUAAUUUGGAACCCCGGAAGUUGCUUGCAGUUUAUUGGAUCCAUAAGUUAGAAACUUGUCUUGUCUAGUUGCUAUCUUGCUUGCAAAAUAAUGUCAGCACAACGCAGUUCAGAAUCCAUAAACUAAGUCUUGAUAACUUGGGUACAAGUCGUUUCCAUGCAGGUUUUUAACUGCAGCACCAACAAGCAAUACAAUCAACAACAUGGACUACUUAUUAACAAGCAAUGCUUCAUCUGUGUGGUUCGCCAUAGUUUUUGUUUCCGCGAUUGCUGUGGCUACCAAGAUGGCAACAACACGGCGCAGAACCACGGUCGAUUCGCCGUGCAUGAAACCAUCGCGUCCCCCCAUGAAGGUGACCUUCUUGAUCGGGCAAGAGGUACUGUCUCACUUCUUUCGGGCACCAGCAUCCGAGAUCAGCCGUGGCGAUCUCUUCGAGUUCACCGUGCCAAUGUUUGGCCGAGAGGUUGGCUAUGGCGUCAACAGAGGCACCCGCGAUGAGCAGCUCCGUAUCUUUGUUGAAGCACUCAAGCCGUCCAAGUUGAGGAGCAACGUUGAACCCAUGCUUAGAGAAGUCAAGGCGUACUUUUCAAAAUGGGCAGAUGACGGCAUAGUUGAUCUAAAACAUGAAAUCGAAGAGGUGCUGAUGCUGAUCUCAGCCCGAUGCUUACUGGGAAAAGAAGUCAGAGAGAAGAUGUUUGAUGAGUUCCGCACAUUGUUCCGUGAAAUAGAAAAUGGCGUGAGUUUUGUUAGUGUAUUCUUCCCGUAUAUCCCAAUUCCAGCACACCGACGACGGGAUAGUGCACUUCUCAAGAUUACUGAAACACUAUCUGAGAUUGUAAAGUCACGUAGGAGAUCCGGUGGAACUGAGGAGGAUAUGAUGCAAAGAUUGAUCGAUUCCAAGUAUAAAGACGGCCGGUCCAUGACCGAAGAAGAGAUCACAGGUAUGAUCAUGACCUUGCUCUUUGCCGGAAAACUCACUAGCGCUCACACCAGUACAUGGACCGGAGCUUGCAUACUUAGCAGUACAAAGUGCUUAACAGCUGUUGUGGCGGAGCAGAAGGCGAUCAUUAGAAAAUACAACGGCCAGGUAGACUACAACGUAUUGUUAGAGAUGGAUACCUUGCACAAUUGCAUCAAAGAGGCACUACGCCUGCACCCAUCAGCACCGAUGUUGGUUCGCAAGGCACAUAAACACUUCACAGUGUUGACGAAACAAGGCAAUGAGUAUGACAUCCCCAAAGGGCACACACUAGCAAGCCCUGUAGUGCUGAACAAUAGCAUGCCUCACAUUUAUAAAGAUCCUGAGGUAUAUGAUCCAGAUCGGUUUUCUCCUGAGAGAACGGAGGAUAAAGCUGGUGGCAAGUUCUCUUACACGUCUUUCGGUGGUGGUGGAAAUCAUGGUUGCUUUGGCGAAGCCUAUGCUUACAUGCAAAUUAAAAUAAUAUGGAGCCAUUUGUUAAGGAACUUUGAUCUCCAACUGAUGUCUCCUUUCCCCAAGCCAGAUUGGAGUAAGUUUGUGCUUUUACCUAGAGGGAAAGUACUGGUAAGUUAUAAGAGGCGUCAGGAGGUCCCUAGCACGGUUCAGGAAGAAACAGAGGAUUCUGCCUGA